AUGCCGGUCGUCAAAGGAGGUGUCUGGACCAAUAUUGAGGACGAAGUCCUUCGAGCGGCGGUCUCGAAGUAUGGUCUAAACCAAUGGGCGCGUGUUUCCUCGUUGCUGGCAAGAAAAACCCCGAAGCAAUGUAAAGCGCGCUGGGUUGAAUGGCUCGAUCCCGGUAUCAGGAAAGUGGAAUGGUCUCGGGAAGAGGAUGAAAAGCUGUUGCAUCUGGCCAAAUUGAUGCCAACACAAUGGCGGACGAUUGCGCCGAUCGUAGGUCGCACGGCGACUCAGUGCCUAGAACGAUAUCAAAAACUUUUGGAUGAAGCGGAAGCCCGUGAGAACGAUGAGCUCGGCCUUGGAGGUCCUGGCGAGGAAACCUCAGCGCCAAGUGCGGACGACGUCAGACGGCUAAGACCCGGUGAAUUAGACCCCGACCCAGAAUCCAAACCCGCCCGCCCGGAUACUAUCGAUCUCGAUGAAGAUGAGAAAGAAAUGUUAAGCGAGGCUCGAGCGCGUCUUGCGAAUACGCAGGGCAAAAAGGCGAAGCGUAAGGCUCGAGAACGACAGCUUGAAGAAUCACGACGACUCGCUGUGCUCCAGAAGCGCCGUGAACUGAAAAACGCCGGUAUCAAUAUCAAGGUUAUCACGCGAAAGCAGGGUGAAAUGGACUAUAAUGCGGAUAUUCCGUUUGAAAAGCCAGCGGCACCUGGGUUCUAUGAUACUGGCGAAGAGGAGGCCCGCAAUGAAAAACAACGUGAAAUGUUUGAUCCUCGAAAACAACAACUAGCGAACAAGCGCAAAGGAGACCAGGAUGAAGAUGCCGAACGGAAGAAGAGAAAAAAUGAUAAGAACAGCAACUCUGCUGCCUUUGCGGCGGCUGCUCGGGCAGGCCAGAUGCAAAAGAUUAGGGAAGCGGAACAAAGCAGCAAGCGGAGAGCACUAGUCCUUCCUACCCCCCAAGUCAGUGAAGGCGAAAUGGAGGAUAUCAUCAAGAUGGGUAUGGCAGGAGAUAAAGCCAGCAAAUUGGUGGGAGAAGAAGAAGGAACCCGAGGGCUACUUGGAAACUACUCCGCCAUGGUUGGUGGGACACCAAUCCGAACACCUAGAGCUCCCCCGGAGGAAGAUCACAUUGCAAAUGAGAUUCGAAAUAUCAGGGCCUUAACGGAAACUCAAUCUUCCCUUCUGGGUGGUGAAAAUACGCCCCUGCAUGAAGGAGGAUCUUCUACAGGUUUCGACGGCAUCGCUCCACGCCGCCAGGAGAUUGUCACACCGAAUCCCAUGGCCACGCCUUUUAGACAAGGAAACGCAGUUGGCGCAACACCUGUGCCAGGAGGUGUUGGCCCUGGGGCUACACCACUGCGGACUCCUCGAGAUCACUUUUCACUAAACAAGGAGAUCGACGGUGGUCAACUCAUUGGUAGCACGCCUAGGGACAUAAAGAUACAAGGGAACCUCGCGCGGCAAAGCAUUCGCGGUAGGCUAGCGGCACUCCCAAAGCCUAAGGAAACCGAGUGGGAGCUCGAAGAGCUGCCCUCUGAAACCGCGGAGCCAACUGCAAUGGAAGAAUACUCAGAGGAGGAUGCGGCAGAACGAGACAGGAAAGAAAGGGAGGCUCGGGCCAAAGCUGCUGCAACUGAGCAUAGACGCCAGACACAAGUCUACCAACGCGCACUCCCUCGACCUGUUGUCCUCGAUAUCGAUGCAUUAAUGGAGCGUGUGUCGCAUGUAACAGACAAAAUUCCUAGCUUGAUUGCCAAGGAGGCGGCCCUUCUUAUCGCCAACGAUGCAAGCAAGUUCCCUGUUCCUGGCGCCAAAAUUGAAGGCAAACCCCGGAAGCUGGAGCGGUUCGAUGACCGAUGGUUGGAAGAAGCUCGUGCGGCCAUUACGGCUGAGGUGUCCUCCGGGAAGAUGCAGGAGUGGGCGGAUGAGUUCGACGCCGAGUGGAGUUCUACCCGUUCGAACACUCUACCUGGUCUUUCUAACUACGUCGACGAGGACGAGGACCCAUAUCAGCAAGAACAGCGAAUGAUUGGCGUCUUUGACAAUGUACAAGCAUCUCUACUCGCAACCGCAGAGCAGGGAAAUAAACUUGAAAAGAAGCUGGCACUGCAUUACGGUGGAUAUCAAAACCGAGCGAAGACACUACGGACCAAAGUCACGGAAGCCCACACAGCCCUAGAGAAGUCGAAGGGUGAACUAGACGCUUUUCGCACACUCCAGAUAUCAGAAGAGGCUGCGAUUUCGAGGCGACUCGAGAAACUACGGGAGGAUGUCGCAUUUGUCAUGCGCAGAGAACGAGAAGCCCAGGAGCAAUACCGAUCGAGAAAGGAGGAGCUGGACGAGCUGGUUGCUGGCAGAGGAGGCAUGGUGAACGGUUGGCAUUGA